GCGAUCGCAGAAUGCUUACAGUCUGUGCUGUUCUUUUCCAAACAAGCCACAGGAAACGUGGCGGGGACGAGGAUGUCCCUCUCCGGUAGCAAGAGGCGCCCUACUAAGCCGCGGGCUUCAGCAGGAUGCCUUUCCUCACCGUCGCUCGGAGGGGCCGGGGCCAAGAACCCGUCCCUCUCCGCUCCGCAACCUGUCGGAGCGAGGGCGGUGCCUGCGGACGGCCGCUGCCCGGGGGCGGGCUGGGCGCUCCCCACUCACUCCGUCCCGGCCAGACGGUGCGGCGGCGGGCGGCCACCAUGUGGGCGGCGGCUGCUCUCCUGCUGCUGCUGUUGCUGCCGCUGUUGGUGCGGCUGCGGCAGCGCACAGCGCUGCCCCUGGAACCGGUCGGCCGAGCUGUGCUCAUCACCGGCUGCGACAGCGGCUUCGGGCACCUGCUGGCGCUGCGCCUCUACCGCCUCGGCUUCACUGUCUUCGCAGGCUGCCUCUGCCCCAGCGGCGAGGGUGCGCGGCGGCUGCAGCGGGAGGCGGCAGUCGGCCCCGGCCACCUGCAAGUCCUGCGGCUCGAUGUCACCCGCGACUGCGACGUGCUAGCUGCCAAGGAGCUGGUGCUCAGCCAUCUGCCCGAGCGAGGUUUCUGGGGACUUGUCAACAACGCAGGAAUAUCAACAUUUGGUGAGACAGGGUGGCUGUCUAUGGAGAAGUAUGAAAAAUUUGCAGAUGUGAAUCUCCUUGGGAGCAUCAGGACAACCCUGGCAUUUCUUCCCCUUCUAAGGAAAUACAAGGGACGCAUUGUUUUCAUGUCCAGCGUUAUUGCCUACUUUGCUCUGGGAAAUGGCAUUUAUUCUAUGACUAAGGCAGCUAUUGAAAAAUUUUGUGAUGCUCUAAGACUGGAAAUGAAGAAGUUUGGUGUCCAGGUCUGUAUUAUUCAGCCAGGAAAUUAUGCACGCUCUACCCAGAUUCAGCCACCAGUCAAUGCCGAAGAGAUUUGGAAUGAACUCAAUGAAGAGGAAAAGGCAGUUUAUAAUAAGGAGUAUGUUCAAGAGCGGGCAAACUUUUUCAACAGCAUACUCAGUGAAGGAAGCCCUAACGGCAGUGAGGUUGUAGAUGCUAUGGUAGAUGCUUUAAUGUCUCCUGCUCCCAAAGCACGUUACAUGGUAGCAAAGCUGAAGGAGAAAGCACUGGUGUUUGUGUGUACUUUGUUCCCCACUAUUGUGAUGGAUUCUGUUCUGUCUUAUGCACUGAGUAAUGUAAAACUUGGUACUGUUCAGUGACUCAAGCUAGGGAGUUUGUUAAACUGUGAAAACCAGGGCUGAGUUUAAUGCCUCCAGAACACCAGGUUACUGAGUCAGAGGCAUGAUAGAGACAUAAUGGAGCCUAUCCCAAAAGGCAGCUGGACAUUUGAAAUCAUCACAGCUGAGAUGGAAAUACCUUAUCUGUAGGACCCUGAGAAGUCAUUUAUUAGGCAUGAUGGGAAGAGUUAAUGGCAAAGUUAGGAAUCAGCAAUAGAUCUUGAUAUACUUUGAGUGGAGUUAGGUGGCUGUAAAAAAUUAGGGAGAGUCAAAUAAUAAAUUUGUAAUAUGGAAACAGCUGUUACAAAGCCACUAUAUCAUGGAAAAUUAGCAGUAUAUUUCAUUUACAAAUUAAUAUCUCAAUCCUAAAUAAACUCUAUCUUUUAUCAAA